AUGCCGUUGCCACAAAGUGCUCCAGCUCUCUCAACACUGCCUGUUGAAAUUCUAUACCGAAUACUCAUUUAUUUGGACACAGAAACAAUUCUUCUCUCUGUCCGCUAUGUGGCGAAAACAUUCUACUUGAUUUCCAACAGUUUCAAUCAUUAUCAUAUCGAUUUUAGUGCUCUAUCCAAAAGAAAUUUCGAUAUCAUAUGUCGUCUGAUCUAUCCCGAGAACGUCGUUUCCAUCAUUCUCUCGGAUGAAGAUACAACGCCAGGCCAGAUCGAUCUAUUUCUUACUCGCUUUCGAAUUCAUUAUUUUCCUCAUCUUCGCUCAUUAACAUUCCGUUCUAUCGAUUGGACCGAUCUUCAUGGUAUUCUCACCGAUAUAUUUCCCUGUUCAUUGAUUUCGUUUUCUAUCCAUUCACAAGGUAAACAAAGCAAGUCAACGCUUUGCCUUCUCUCACAACGACUCAAUCAAUCUAAUCUGCAAUCGUUCUCACUCAAUACAUAUGCGCAUCAAAUCGAAGGAAUAUUCAAGAAUAUUACUGAAUCUUCUCUCACUCAUCUCACAGUUGGAACUAUCACAUUCAAUGAAUAUCAAAUUAUCCUUCGAUAUUGUCCGCAAUUGCGAACAUUAAGAAUAGAUGAUUGUUGGAUAAGUGAUACAGAUCGAUGUUUUCCUACUAAAUCCUAUCGACAAUUGACAUCGCUGACACUACAAGACACCAAUCGAUCCAUUGAACAGCUCGAACAUUUUCUGUCACUGUCACCAUCAAUUAUUGAACUAAAGAUCAUCAAUUCUCUAUCAACGCCGAAUUCCUUGAUCGAUGGAUCAAAAUGGAAAAUGUUGAUCAAAGCAAAACUUCUAUCACUUCGUUUGUUUCACUUUGUAUUCUACCAGGUACAUCUCCGUAUCUAUCAAUGUGAUGCUGAUGUUGAAGUCUUGAUUCAACCAUUCCGUUCAUCAUUUUGGCUGGAAGAUAAACAAUGGUUUGUUAAAUGUCAAUCGAUCAAAAGUUUGCACAAAGUCAAACUCUUUACUGUACCGUUUCCUUCCACCUCAUACGAAUACAAUUGUGAUCCCGAUCCGAUUCUCUUAUCGACCACUCCGAGAAAAUUCAAUCAUUCAACUAUCAUGAAACAUGUUCGAUGUCUCUCGAUAAAUUUAUCGGAAAUAAAAACAAAACUGAACCUAAGAAAAGAAGAUUUCUUUUUCGCUAAUGUUACUGAAUUAAAACUGAGCAUUCGUGGAGAAUGGCCCACUGACUCGACACAUUUUAUUUCGAUGUUAAUCAAUGUUUCACAACUUCAGGAUUUAUCUUUUCAAAGCGAUUUUAACCAAAAGACAGCCGCAAAUGUUGUCGAUAGUUUAACGAAAUUUAUUCAACGAAUUUCUCAUCUACGCUCUCUCAGUGUCCUACCAUUAGAUAUUAAUGGACAAUAUCAUGUAGAUAUGGCAAAUCUUUCUUCUAUUGUCCCACUAUCCGUCGAACACUUGACUCUAAAAAUCGAAAAAUUAGAACAUAUGAUUCUUUUAAUUAAAAAUUUGGAUCAUUUAUCCAGUGUAUCAUUCAAUUACCCGCAUGAUCGAAAGAUUAUCACGGAUGAAAUGAUCGAGUGGUUAAGCAACAGCGGGCGAGAUUUCAGUCAUUUAGAAAGAGAAUAUUCACUUCAUUUCUGGCUCAAUUAUCAUCGAUGUUCACAUUUCGGCAAUCCCGAUCACUAA